UUAUUUUCCAAUUCACUCUCAUAACACUUUUGCCUGCUCUCUCGUGGAAAUGUUUUCCUUUUGAAAGACAAUUUUCCUCGUAAUUAUCAAACAGAUGUGUGUUGUUUUAUCACACGCGAUGGUAUAACAGUCUACAUUGCCGGCAGAGAGAGAUAAGCGGCGAGUGCAUUAAUUUCGAGUGACCUUUCUCUCAUAAAAUCACACGAUCGAGGUUAUUUCUUUUAGUUUUCCAAAGUAAACAUGAGAUUAACGUUACGAUUAUUUUCCUCUGUUGUUCAGAAAAGACCAUUUUUCGUUUCUACACCUAUCUUCUAUGUGAAUGCCGCCCCUCACCUGGGCCACCUGUACUCGGCGGUGGUGGCAGACGCCAUUCAGAGGUUCGAGAAACUCGUAGACCCCAACUGCAAUGUCUUAUUCAGCACAGGCACCGACGAGCACGGCACAAAGAUCCAGCAAGCGGCCUCCAAAGCGGGGCAAGCGCCCGCCGAGUACUGCUCGGCCGUCUCCGAGGAGUACCGCCGACUCUUCGCCGAGUACCACGUGGAACACACCCACUUCGUCAGAACCACCGAGGACAGACACAAGAAGGCUGUCGCUCACUUCUGGAACGAGCUGGUGGAAGGCGGGCACAUCUACAAAGCCGUGUAUUCGGGCUGGUACAGCGUCAGCGAUGAGAGUUUCGUGCCAGAAGCUCACACGAAAGAAAUUUUACAUAAUGGAAGAAAGGUAAAAGUGUCAGUAGAAUCUGGUCAUGAAGUAGAAUGGACGGAGGAACCCAACUACAUGUUCCGUCUCAGCGCCUUCCGGGAACACUUGCAGCGGUGGCUUAAGACAGACGGAGUAAUAACACCGAGCAAAUUCCAAAAACAACUGCAAGAACUAUUAGAAAAGGAAACAUACUUUCCGGACAUCUCCGUCAGCCGACCCGCCUCGCGGGUGCACUGGGCCAUCCGGGUGCCAGGCGACGAAGACCAGAGCAUAUAUGUAUGGUUAGACGCACUGGUCAACUACCUGACGGUGACCGGAUAUCCGGACGAAGACGCAAUGAGAGUAUUAGGCCGAGCCUGGCCUGCUGACGUUCACGUAGUCGGGAAGGAUAUACUCAAAUUCCACGGGCUCUACUGGCCCGCCUUCCUCAUGGCGGCGCGGCGCCACCCGCCGCGGCGGCUCGUGUGUCACGCGCACUUCACCGUCCGCGGCGUCAAGAUGUCCAAGUCGCUGGGCAACGUCGUCUGUCCGAGGAGUGCGCCGGUCACUGGCGACGCGCUGAGGUAUUUCCUGCUGAGAGAGGGGACGUUACACAGUGAUGCCAAUUAUAGUGAGACCAAGUUAAUAAACAUAGUGAACUCUGAGCUGGCGGACACACUGGGCAACCUGGUGUCCCGCUGCUGCGGCGCCGCGCUCAACCCGCGAGGCGAGUUCCCCGCGCUACACGAAACCGAGGCCGCGCAACUCGCCACGCGGGACGUCACGCAGGCGCUGCUGACAAGAGUGGAGAGACUGCCAGACCAGUGCCGCGAGUAUUACUCCACGUACCAGUUCUACAAGGCGGUGGACGAGAUCAUAGCCACCCUGCACGCGUGCAACCUCUUCUUCGAAGCGCUCAAACCCUGGGAGCUGCGUAAGGAGAACCGGCAAAGGGAACUAGAUGUUGUUCUUCACCUAGCUCUGGAAACCCUGAGGGUGUCCGCUAUAGUGCUACAGCCGGUCAUACCACAACUGGCGACCAGUCUUCUAGACAGGCUACAAAUACCUAAGGACUGCAGGAGUUGGGAGCAUUGCGAGACGGCGUCGUGGCGGGUGGUGGGCGCCAUCCCCGAGACGAACAACAUCCGCGGCGGCAAGUUCGUGCUCUUCCCUCGCGUCUACGUGGACAGGAAACCCGCGCCCGCUCCACAGAAUAAGAAGAAGGCUCAGUGUAAGGCGCAAUAGCUCAUAUCAACACGCGAUCCACUCAUCUCUUAUAUCGAGAACUAACACUUACAAGAACCCGCCUCGCGGGCACUCGUGAACUUUGCUCAGAUGCCCGCUAGGCGGGUUGUCUCCAUACAAGCGGGCGCUUGCAAAGUACAACCGGUUUCUGACGUAGUACUCCAUUUAUUGUCCGGUGGUGGAUGUGUUAAUACAGUCAUUUCUUACAUUGAGUAUUAAAUAGACGUAAAAAGAAGACGCUGAGGCGGCUGAGGAAAGAUUUGAUCUAAAACCGUGCUCAAGAUUACAUUUCACCGCAAAAUAUGUUCUUAGAGUGUAAAACUAUUGGGUUCCGUGCAAUAAACCCUUAGUUUAAAAAAAAA